UGGGGCAGAAUAAAUUUACGGCAUCGUCAAGCGCACUACUACAAUAAAGGAUUGAUGACAAAAUCACCCUUCAUUUCACCACUGGGAACCAAUCUGGUGACAUCUGAAAAUGAUGUUGCCAAAACGUCUCAUCGUUGGCUUGAUAAGCCUUUGUCUUAUGAUCAGAUGCACUGGUGGUACUGAGAGGUGUGGGGCCUCCAUUAGAGGGGCGUGUCCUCCUGCUUGGAGCCAGUGGGGUAACAAAUGCUACCAAAAACACAGCGAAAAUCUACCAUGGGCUGAGGCAAACCAGGAGUGCAUCAAAAUGGGAAGUGUCUUGGUCAUGCCACAGUCUCAGGAGGAAACUGAGUUCCUUCUGAAGAACCUGGCCCCCUUCUUUCGGAUCAACUGUAAUGAUCUUCAAGUUGAAGGUACAUGGGUGUGUCAAGAUGGCACUACUGAUGUGGAGUACAGAAACUGGAGGGUGGAGCCUGCGGAACCUAAUAAUGGCGCGGGAGGAGAGGAUUGUGCAGUAGCAGACGAAACUGGUUGGAAUGAUGUAUCAUGUGAGUUUCAUGCUCCCACUAUCUGCAAACGGCCUGCACCACAACUGCACUUUUAAAUGGCAACAAAAAGACUCACUCCUCACAAAAAGUAAAGCUCACAAACCUACUUAAUUAAGUAAAUAAAAAAAUUGAAGGAAAUCAUGUAGAAAGCAUUGUGAAUAGGCAAUUGAACUCUUUGAACCAUCGUAGCUUUAGGACAAAAAAAAUGGAAAAAAUGGUUUCGUUGAUGGUAGUCCUUAUAAAAUACUUGAGAAAAGAAAUGUGGAAACAAUUGUUCGUUAUUGAUUGAUAAAUAUCUUUGUUCAUUUUCACAGAUUUUCAAUUUAGUUCCUCAUUUUCAAUGUUCAGUGUUGCCUGGGCAACAAAUGUAUCAAUUGGCCACACAGAUUUUUGCUUUGAAAUUUGAAUUUAAUUUUGAAUUCAUUUGUUUUCCUUUCCAAGCUUUGAGAGAUCACACUGAUCACAUAAUAUUUAUCACAAAAAAAUCAAACAUAAAAUGGAUUAUGUACAAUGUAGUUGAUGAAGUGUUCUGAAUAAUUAAUCAAUUAAAUCAUUGGGGGCAAUUGGAUAUUUGGUAGCAAUGCAACAAACGGUUAACAUAACAAUAUGCAAAAUCUGAUGCUGCAGUACUUAGUCCAAGGGUACAAAAUACUACAAGUCAAAUAUCUUUGCUUGUGGAGCCAUGUUUUUCUGAGUUAGUAGAAUAAUUCUUUCAAUUCUUUAUCUCACUUUUAAUUUCAGCCAAA